UAUUUUUAAAAAAAUCUAAUGGUCGAAAUGACUUGUGAUUUAGCACCAGACCAGCAGUCAAAGUCACCCCUACCUCCACCACCCUCCACAACAACAACCCAACAACAAUUUGAAAAUUCAGAAAAUUUUUUUGAGGGAGCAGAAAAAUUGUUAGAAAUUUGGUUUUUUGGUAAAGAGAAAAAUUCUUCUCUUCGAAAAAUUCCAAAGAAUGAAUUAGACAGAUUGAUGGAUAUUGCUGGAUGUAAAAUAUUACAAGUAUUGAGGACUGAACAAAUUGACUCUUAUUUAUUGAGUGAAAGCAGCCUAUUUGUAUCUGAUCGCCGCCUAAUACUUAAAACUUGUGGACAAACACGUCCUUUACUUGUUAUUAGUGAAUUGCUUAAAUUGGCACAAAUUUAUGGAAGAAUGGAUAUUGUUACUAAUGUUUACUAUUCACGCAAAAAUUUUUUUUGCCCUCAACUACAUGCUACGUUUGAUGAGGAAAUUAGUUUACUUGAUGGAUUUUUUGAAGGAGGUACUGCUUAUUGUAUGGGCCCACUCAACCAGGAUCGCUGGUAUUUAUAUACACUCACCUCAUCUCCACCAAAAGCAAUCAUUGCCGCACACCAACCAAAGUUGCCUGACCACACAUUGGAGCUGCAAAUGACUGGCAUCCCUGCUGAUGUUCUGCGAAUUUAUAGCUGGGCAGAAUGUCCAAAUGGUGCUGCUGAAUGCACUAAACGUUCCGGAAUUCUUGAUUUACUUCCUCGAGAAACUUUAAUACAAGACGAGCUUUUUAAACCCGUUGGUUACAGCAUGAACGGAGUAAUUGACCAUGAUGAGUACGUCACCAUCCAUAUAACUCCAGAGCCUGAAUUUUGCUAUGCCUCAUUUGAAACAAAUCAUCGGCGAGGAUGUCUUUUUGAGCAAACACGCAAAGUUCUGAAUAUAUACAAACCAGCACGCUUUAUUCUAACACUUUUUGCAAGUAAACUUUCUGUUGAAGCUAGAGCUUCACAACAACGAUUUUGGAAAGAAGAGUUGGAGGGAUAUAAACGAGCAUCUGUUCAAAUGCUUCGUUUACAGCAAGACAAAGUUCUUUUUGCUUUGUUUGUACGGGAUAAUACUCAAGAAGAAAAUGAUUCAAGUUAUUUUUAUGAUCAAGAAAAUGUUCAAUUAAAGAACAAUACUCAAGUAAUGACAAAAGGUGGAAAUGAUGAUGGACGUUGUAAUGAGCCUAGAUGA